UGCUCUCAUUGUGUGCUGCGAUGGAGCUCAGAGAUGCAGCGACUCUCUUCCUAACAGCCUGUAUUUUGUGCCUGAUCCUCCUCUGGGAGAGGAAACAAAGGCGGCCAAGGAGCAAGCUCCCCCCGGGGCCAAUCCCUUUGCCACUGUUGGGCAACCUGCUGCAGCUGAGGGCAAGUGGGAUGCUGAAGCCACUGAUGAAGAUGAGAGCGCGGUACGGCCCUGUGUUCACACUGCACCUGGGCCCACGACAGGUCGUGUUCAUCUGCAGCUGUGAGGCCUUGAAGGAAGCCCUGGUAGAUCAAGCCAAGGAGUUCAGUGGCCGAGGAGUAGUGACCUCACUGAACAAGCUCUUCGAUGGUUAUGGUGUUGUCAUGGCCAACGGGGACCGGUGGCAGCAGCUCCGGCGAUUCUGCACCUCAACCCUGAGGAAUUUUGGGACGGGGAAAAGAAGCAUUGAGGAGCGGAUCCAGGACGAGGCCCAGUACCUGGUGGAGGAGAUCAGGAAAACUAAAGGAUCUCCCUUUGACCCCACGCUCGUGAUAAGCCACGCAAUCUCUAACGUCAUCUGCUCCGUUGUCUUCGGGAGCCGCUUCGACUACACGGACCAGAAAUUCCUGCACUUGAUGGGCAUCAUUAAUGACACAUUCCUGGAAUUAAGCAGCGUUUGGACCAUGCUCUACGAGACAUUUCCAAGCAUCGUGCGGUACAUCCCCGGCCCACAUCACCGGAUCUUUGGCCACUACAAGGCGCUGCAUGAUUUCAUCACCGAGAGGUUGAGGAUAAACCAGCAGACACUGGACCCCAGCUGCCCUCGGGACUUCAUUGACUCCUUCCUCAUCAAAAUGGAGGAGGAAAAGCAAAACCCGCAGAAUGAAUUCAGCACCAGGAACCUGGUGGAGACGACAAUACAGUUAUUUUUUGCUGGGACGGAGACAACGAGCUCCACCUUGAGAUACGGAUUCCUGCUCUUGGUGAAAUACCCAGAAAUACAAGAGAAGGUGCAGGAGGAAGUCGACCGCGUCAUCGGGCAGAACCACAGCCCAGCCAUGAACGACCGAGGCCGGAUGCCGUACACCAACGCCGUGAUCCACGAGAUCCAGAGAUUCGCUAACAUCGUCCCCUUGGGGGUGCCACACAAAGUGACCUGCGACACCCACUUCCAGGGGUACCUUCUCCCCAAGGGUACAGAUGUCUUCCCUGUAUUGGGCGCAGCUCUCUGGGACCCCAAAUACUUCAAGGAUCCAGAAAGCUUCCAUCCCGGGCAUUUCUUGGAUGAGGAAGGCCGCUUCAAGAAGAACGAUGCCUUCCUACCAUUUUCCUCAGGCAAGAGGGUGUGUCUGGGAAAGAGCCUGGCCCUCAUGGAGCUCUUCCUGAUCCUAACCACCAUCCUGCAGCGCUUCACCCUGAAAUCGCCAAAACUUCCGCAAGAGAUCGACCUCACCCCAAAAGCAAGUGGGUUUUUAAACGCACCUCCCGACUACAAGCUCUAUGCCAUCCCAAGGGAAGGAGGGCUGGAGAGCACUAUAGGAGAGCCAUGGCAGACCGUGGAACAAGAUGGAGGAAAUGAUGAACCCAAGGCAGCGAGGCACGGGUGACUGAAGAAGGCCCGUCACAUGCAACCUCGUCUUCAGGAGCCGAUUCUACCACUCUCCGGCCAUUGUACCCAUGGUGUUUUCCAAGCUUCUUCUGAAUAUCUUUGCAUAGUGAAAAUAGCAGCAAGCCGCGUCCGGCGCAGAAGGCAGGUAAGCUUGCGGCCACGACUACGCUUGGUUUUGUGACUGAAGCACCGGGCCUGCAGCAGGACUCCUGGGUUGCUUUCUGGCUGCAGGAGGGACUGUGGCGUCCUGGCUGGAGCAGAGGGCUGGGAAUCACCAAGAAAUCCCUGCACCUGCCCUUGGGCUUUUAUCUCCUCUGGGAUUUGUCUUUUCCUAAAUUCCACAGAUGCUGCUGGCAAUAAAACCUUCACUGAACAGCAA